UAUACCAUACGCGACAAGUGUUUUAAAAUGGGAUAAAUGACGGAUAUUAAUGAACGGGCUGAAACAAAUGCAAAACGCCAAAGAGAGACUCCUAUUUCAGAAGCAAUGGCGGAGUUUUUCCUAUAGUCCGGAGUCACCUUCAUUGCUCAUUUACGACAACUCUGAAAAACUUACUAAAACAGUUUUAUAACCAAGUUUCUGCGUAGAACUACCUAAGGAUGGCGAACAGUUUAUAAUCAAGUUGAUGUGGAGAGAGACUGAUGGAAAAACUUACGCAGCAGGAAAUUGAAGAAUACGUCGAGGCGUUCAAAUGCUUUGAUCUGAAUGAAAACGGUCAGUUAUCCACGAAGGAACUAAAGUAUGCUAUGCGCAUGCUUGGCUUAAACCCUACCGAACAUAGAGUUCAGGAACUUGUGAACGACUUGGAUUACGAAGCACUUGGCGACAAAGACGAGGCGGAAAAUGUGAAGACAAAUGAAACAGAAAAUGACAAACGAAGAAAGAGACGAAAGUCAAAGGAAGAUGAAAAAAUGAAAGGAGAAAAAUGGACGAAGGAAGAUUUUCCGAUUUAUGAGGGCACUGUAGAUUUUAAAGAAUUCGUCAACUUGAUGGAAAAACAGCGAAGUAUAAUGCAGGACGACGAGGCCGCCAUGUUGUUCACUGUAUUCGAUUCUGACCAUCGUGGCUUUAUUGAAGGAAAGACAAUCAAGAGAUCGCUGCAUUUUCUGGAAGAUGUCCCCAUCGACGAGAUAAACGAAAUAUUGGCGAAGACAAAACUGUCCGACGACCGAAAAAUAACUAUCGAAGAGUUUGCCACCGAUUUCCUUUCACCUCUUAUACUUAAAGAAGAAAACAGCGGGAUGCUCUGAUCUGGCUGCGCAACUGAACACCAGAACUCUGCAGUGUUAAUUUUUUCUUCUGUUAAAGUUUGCAGUGCUAAAAAUUCGCUUAAAGAAUUGGACUGUUGUAAGCUAUUUUUGAAAAAGUUAAACAAUGAGUAAAUUAGUGCGAGUGGCCAACCAAGAAUGAUAUGUAUGGAAUUUCUGAAUUACCUGCAUUUAAGCUUAAAGUAAACGGUUACGUUGUUGUUGCUGUUCUUAAUAGUUGCUUUAUUCGAGUUUCAGAUGUAACAUGUUACCAUGAAUUAACUAGGUAGAGGAUUUUAUCAAUAAAUUAAGAGAUUUGAAUUGUG